GAUGAGUGAAUACCUUUCUAGCCAUUAAUAAUUAGCACCAAAGUAACCAAGUUACAUAUACCAACUGCGUUUUUUUGUUUUGUUUGCUUUGCUUACCCAUUUAUUGGAGAUUUGUGAUCAGUGCUGUGCAAAUUGCGGUUAUUUAUUUGAAAUCACCCUACAAUUUGCAAGUAUUUAGUGGAAAUAACAAUAUUCCUCUACCCAAAAAAAUUUAGUGGAAAAUAACUUUCAUAGAUUUGAAUCAUUUCCAGAAAUCGAAUCCUCUAAAAUCGGGUUCAGGUGUUAGAGUUUCGCCACAGAUGGGUGCGGCGGCGGCAGGGCUGACGAAAGUGGUGGCGGCCGCUGUGGUGAAAGGAGUCGCGGAGGCAAGGGCGCAAAUAUUUGGGCAUAUACUAAACCCUACAGCACAACGAUCCGCCCAUAAGGUGCUGAGGAAGAAACUCAUUGGUGACAAAGUUUCUGAGUGGUACCCUUAUGACAUUAAGCAUGACGAUCCUCAAAUCAUGCUUAGCCAAGAACAAGAGCGAAAGAGUAAGCUUGAAAUGUUGAAGCGUCGUGGGAAGGGACCUCCUAAGAAGGGAUAUGGAAAACGUGCUGCUAAACGUAAGAAGUAGAGCUUGACUUGUGGCUUCCAUCUCAGGAGUGAGUGAGUGAAGAUUUAUGCGUCUAAAGCAUCCUGAAACUGAUAAUGGUUUGAGCCGAUUUUUCAUUUCCAUAUUUCUUGUUAGUUAACUAGCGUUCCAUCUUUUAUCAGGGUGGUUCCUCUUUCUUUUUUAUUUUGUUGAUGCAAAAUAUGUCAAUGAUCAAUUUCACAACUUACUUUUGUGUUCUUUCAUGCUUAUUUCCGCAAGUUAGAUUUUAGAUGUAUUGCUAUUAUCGCAACCUUUGUGUUCUUUCAAGCUUAAUUUCACUUGUUAAAUUUAGAUGUAAUGCUAUUUUCGCAAUUUAGUAAAACCUAUUUAUGUUGGCUAA